GACACUUUUAUACCACACAUUCGCAUCCUUCCAACACCCAAUGGAAACAAGAGGCUGACAUGGACCCCAAACUCUCUCUGUCGGAGCACCUACAGGGGCGACCGCAGGAACCUCAGCAAGAACAGGAACAUACCCUACACGACAACUCCUCGCCCCCUCAUCGGAUUCAGAUGGAAUCAUUCAGUCAUCUGUCCCAGAACACCUCCCACGAGCACACGCCUGAAGCCGUACAACACAGAGAUCCCAUUCCACUUUCAAGACUCGAUUCUCCGGGGCAUACAAAAUCCUCAUCCUCCAAGGACCUCUGUAGCCUGGCCUCAGAACUGGCAAACUCAGAGACUGUAGGAAGCCUCGUCCGAAAUCAAGGCUCCAGAAGAAGGAUCAUCAACCAGGACUCUAACGAACCAAUUCUCUUUGACGAACUACCCAGUCGCUCCUCUACGCAAGUACAUCGACAAUCGGAGGACGAUGAUCUGGAGAGGGGGGUUCGAGAAAUCACCGUGGCCAUGGAGCCAGAAGGAUCUUUUUCCGGGCUGACGACGGAUGAGGCAAUCACCAAACUCGUUGAUGUUGCCACGGAGGUGCUGAGCCAGUACAGCACCCGGACGACCAGCAUGCAGCACUUCAUCAAGUAUAUCACUUCAUUCCCUCCGAUUGCGACAGUCGUGGCCAUGCUUUGCCUGCUAGCCUUUUACAUCUACGGCAUACUCAACUCUUCACCACGCCAAUCACGGCUGAUCGGAACCAUUGUCGAAGUGGCGAUCUUGGCGGCGAUCUUUGUCUGGAACGCAUACAUCAACCAACGUGAUCUUCAAUUGCGAGGUAGAGAAGUCAAGGACCGUGUGAAGGGCGUAAUCUUGGAACUAGAGACUAUCCGACUGCAGGCGGGUCAGGAACUCAAAAUCCCAUCAAUCCCAUCGGUGAGCACAGUGCGUGUGAUCCGUUCAGGCAUCGUCAGGACAAUACCGAGCAACCUGAUCGUCAAAGGCGACUUGAUCGAGAUGGUAUAUGGCGAUAAAGCUCCCUGCAGAGUACUUUGUAUGCUCUCACGGCACAGGAUCGAACACCCCAACUCGCCACUCAAUUCACGGAGCUCUCACCUCAAUAUCCACCAUUAUAAUCAUCACUCGCAUUCACCUCACCAGGAUCAGGAUCAUGGACGGCAUGGAACAUCUCCUCACGUCAGAGAGUUUUUUCUUAGACGGAAGGAGAUUUUUCAACCAUCGUUGUUCGGACCAUCGCCUUCAGAAGCACUGCAGAGGAUUCACAAUGAACUCCAGGGACGCUAUACGUUUGAGGUUCUGGAGACACCGCUGGAACGUAUUUUGCACACGGCCCUCGACCCAACGCCCCGACCAAAGAGUUUGAUCCUGAAGCAGCUCCUCGUCGUCAAUCAAAUCAUCUUUUGUAAAGUCCUGUUGGGUAUUGCGCUCCUGGCCUUUGCAAUCAACCUCCUGCGAUUCAUACUAAAAGAAGUUCUGCAGCUGGAGCAUGCCUCCAAUGGAUUCGAGCAGCUCCUGGCCCUCCCAGUAUAUGCUGCGUUGCCGUUGCUUCCUCUCUCACUACCGACAUUACUUCAGAUCUCUAAGGCAUACACGAACGCGGCCAUCCUGGUCCUAUUCAAUACUCUUCAGAUCUCAAAGACAGAGUACGAGGACGAAAAGGACGUGGAUGAGUUCGACGUCGAAGCGCCCCCACCAACCAAGAAUGUCAACAUCGAAUUUAAUGAGGUCUGGAAGCGGUUCUGGCGCUUGUUAACGCGGUGGGACCACAGUGGUUCAGACUUCGAUGAUGGUCUGACUCGGAGCACCAAUCUCGUGGAGAGUCUUGGCGGAAUCACUGUCAUCUGUAGCAUCGAUAAGGAAGGAACGAUCGCUACAGCCUUUCCUGCAAUGGAGCAGCUUUUUGUGGCGACAGAGGAUGAGGAUACGGCUGUUCUGGAUGUGUUGGAGGACAACUUCUCGCCCAAUGGAUUACGUUUUGAGGACAAGGAUUGGGAAACCUACAUUCAGUCGCUCAAGCCCAUCGGACUCAACCAGCUCUUAAACACGAACUGCGGAACGCUCUCGGCCCCCCGGAGGAGGGAACCGCAUCGAAAAUGCAAUACGCUGCACUACCACUGUCGCACGAGAGCAGCUCAGCAGACAUGUCUGUGUCGACUAGGCAAGGAGAUUGGGUUUACGAAGGAGGCCCUUUACCCGUUCACGCUUCAAAAGGAGAUCAUGUGCUUCCAUCCGUAUUUGCCGAUGCCACCGAUGACCUUUGGCAAGCUGUCGACGUACGAGAUACCGACGAUGCUUAGCACCAUAUACCAUGAAGAGACCAGCGACAGCUAUAUGGUUCAGACAGAUGGACAUGUCGAGUGCGUGGUCGAGUGCUGCACUGAGUACUGGAACGGAGCCGAUCUUCAGGAGCUCAACGAGACAAUGCUCAAGAAAAUCUCGGACUUUUACCAGACGGCUGUAGUGAAUGAUCUGCAAUGCGUGGCAUAUGCUUACCGACCCAUUGCGAUCGAUCAGAGACGUAAAGCGGCAGAAUUUGAUCCCUCGACCUCUGAAUUCAUCACCUUACCUGUGCGAGAGCUGCCUGAGGCCGAGGAGAAGCAGGACGAGAAACAAUCUUCCAACAACGAAUACUCGCCAAACCAAGCUCGGGAUGAGAAAGAGGAGGUGGUGGAGGCGACUAAAACAACUAGCACGGAUCCUGAACCCCUAGCUGAGAGUCCAAGGAUUGACAUCAGCAGCUUACCAGAUCCCGUCAACAUCGUAAUUGAAGUUGGUGGUGUCAGCGAUACGGGAGAUGAUGGUGCGUAUCACUACGGAUCUUCUAUUGAUGACUCUGGUGUAUCUGGAACGAAGACAGAAACCGGCCCACUGCAGAGAUGGCGAAAACUGCGCGAGAUGGAACUGUCGGGAGAGGAAAAUAUGGAUGACCUGGUUCCUGUGGCGCCUGUUAACACGCAGGGGUUUUACGAGGAAGCUGUGCAGGGUCAGAUCUUUCUUGGAAUGGCGACUCUUGCACACCAGCCCAAAACAAAUGUGUGCGACUUUAUCGAGGAUCUGGGAUUGGCAGGAAUCCGCUUUGUGUACUUUUCACCGGCGAGCGAACGCGAGAGCAAGGCCUUUGCAGACCGUCUUGGGCUAGAGACAGACUGGAACAGCUGUAUCUUGCUGUCCUCUGCAUCUGACCCCUUUGGAGCGAGCACAGGGUACUUGGAAUCGUAUGAUAUCAAGGCGCAGCUGCCACGAGGGAUUGAGAAUAUCCGACCUCACCUCGAGAGUGUGGAUGACAUUCCACUCCAUGUGUCACUGUUCGCUGAAUGUGGGGCCGAGGCAGCUACAGAGAUGAUCAAGAUCUUUCAGGAUUAUGGCGAGGUCGUCUGUUGUAUUGGCAGUUCGCUCAACAUUGAUAAUAUCGCGGCGUUUGCCAAGGCGGAUAUCAGCGUCGGAAUGGAGCCUAUAAGGAUGGGAUCGAGUCCAGAAUCACGAUCUGCGUUCUCACUUGGGGCCAAGAUCAACAGCCUGCCCUGCGGUUUGACGAUGCAUAGCGAAACCAGCUUAUAUGCCCUGACACAGGUUGUCAGGGAGGCGCGUCGUCUACUGAACUCACAGCGCCAGGGUGUUAUCUUUAUGAUCGCGUCCUUCAUGUCGAUCUCGUUGCUUCUCCUUGUCUCGUACUGCUUCCUGUUGCCGCCUGCGAUGACUGGCUAUCAAAUCCUGUGGUUGAUGUGGAUUAUCGUGCCACUUUUGAUCCUUUCGUUCUUUUUUUCGCCGCACGAACCGGACACCAUGACCAUGAUGCCGAGCAAGAAUACAUCUCCUCUCAGAGAUCUUCCGCGGUUCAUCUUUUACUUUCUGGCGCGAUUUAUCCUCCCCAUCGGGAUGUGUGUGUUCGUCUUUCUCUUCACGCUACAAGUGUAUGAUGGGCGGGAGGGGUACCAUUUCCUGUUCAACAGCUUCGGAAUUGACACGCCUUGGUUGGAAUGGUCCGAUAGCGAACAAUGGGCACUGUUGUAUGCACAGAAUUUUACGAUGGUAAUAUGGGUGUGGUACAUGAUCUGGAUGUCGAGUACGUUUAUCAGCCGGACACUGUCGAUGCGGUCAUUCAUGCCAUGGAAGAACAAGGUCUGGAUCGGCGCCUGUGUUAGUAGCUUGACACUGCAGUUUGUGUUUUGUAUCAUUUCACUGUUCCACGGCCCGUUUUCAGUACGGAGUGUGUCGUGGUGGGUCUUUGUGUUGGCGUUCCUGUGGCCAUUGGUGUUUUUGCCAGUGCAGGAAGUGGUCAAGGCCAGGGAUAUGAAGGAAUGUGUUCGGGCACAGAAGCUGGCAAAACUCGAGUUCAACACCAAGCUGGGGAUGCACUCUCCGCUCUGAAUAUUUUACUUUCUAUGCAUCAUUUACUUUUCAUUUUAUUUUAUCUACUCGUUACUCUCUCCACUCUCUCCACUCUCUCCAUUGCUUCUAUCGACUCUUUACCUCAACGU